AUGGCUAAUCACUUACUCGUAGAAGGCUUCGUGAUCCUUGGAGCUAUUAUCUCGUGGAUCUCGGCUGCUCCUUCGGUGUUAACCACUUUCAGCAACUCUGUUCAAUAUCAGUUCGAUACAGAUGGCAAUGCAAUCGAUCUCACAAGCGGCAAGAUCGACUUCCUUGGUGGUGCCUAUGUCUGGUAUGGUCUUCACUUUGGCUGUGGCAAGGAGUUCUGUGGAGUAGCAAGUUAUAGCUCUGCCGACCUCCAAACAUGGCACUAUAAUGGCCUUGCCUUCGAUCCCAGCAUCCCGAAGAUCAAGUCUCUCUGCAGUGCUCGAUUAUCAGGCAACUGUGGUCGACCUCAUAUUAUCUACAGCGCAGUCAACGACAACUACGUUCUGUGGGUCGAUGCUCAAACUCCAGGCUAUGCCAUCUUCACGAGCAAUAGUCCGAUUGGGAAUUUCGUCUUAAGCGAAAAUAGAUCCUUGGUCGGAUACCAACCUCCAGGUCCUUACAAAGCCGGUGAUUUCGGUGUUCAUGUCAUCGACGACAUUGGAUACCUUGCAUACUCCUUGAUCGACUUCACAACACUAGGUGCUUCCAUCUGGCCACCUUUCGUCCAAAGCAUAUACGUCCAAAAGCUUACACCAGACAUGCAUAACACCACCGGUCCAGCAUACCACAUAGUCACAAACAGUGAUCUCGUGGACAUGGAGGCCGAAUCUCCAGACAUCUUCAAACGAGGUGAUUACUUCUAUAUCACUGCUUCCAACACCUGUGGAUUCUGUACGGGCACACUUCUGGUUGUUUACCGUUCGAAGAAUAUUUCUGGAUCAUGGACUCGUCAAAUUAUCAGUGCCGAUACCUGUGGAGGUCAGACAACAGGCGUUCUCACUUUACCUGCUCAACAUGGUGGAUCUGCAUCAUACAUCCAUACGGCCGACCUCUUCCGUACUGCUCCUUUUACGGGAACCCGCACUGCUGCCCAUGGUCACCAGUUUCAACGUCUAGACUUCAAUGCUGAUGGAUCACUCAAAGAUCUGGACUGCUCGCUCUCGAAGUCGAUCACGAUCUCCCUCACCCAGGGAUCCGGCGUCCCAGAUCCAAUGACAGGUCGUGCCGUCUCCGCUACGGACGGCUCAGGUGAAACAGGCUCUUAUUUCGUUUCUUGCAAUCUGCCAUCAUCUCAACUCUAUCAAACCUGGAAAUCAUCCAAGAGCGGUGCACUUGCAGAAGUAGGAGUAAACAUCGCUGGCGCCGCACCGACUGACAAUCUCACAAUCACCAUUUUCCGAUAUGACAACGAUACCAACUUCUUCACGCCUCACUACGUUUGGGAGACGUUAACCACUUUCCAGCUAACUCCCGCAAAUGUCUCAGAAGCUCUGGCGGUUGUUCGCGUUCCUGUAGGAAAGGCUAUCAAGCGAGGUGACAGACUUGGCAUUGCGCUUGUAUCGAGUAGCAUCACCCCGAUGUGUACGAUGGUAAAGAAGAGUUCUCGUUCUGGUCAUGAUAAGAAGUUGUUUGCGAGUGGACCCGGUCAGGUCAGUUUACGGGGAAAGGAUGGGACAACUCCGCCGGUCCAGGUUUUGGAUCAAGAAAUCAAGUGGUACGCUAUUGUGAAUUGA